AUGCGCCAGACCAUCAAGACGGCGCUAGUGACACUUCUGUGGUUCCCUGUGCUUUAUACGGCUAUGGAUUAUGGGUACUCGCCGUGCCAGAUCUCGGGAAGUUCCAUGACGCCCACGUUCAAUCCAGGAACGGAAACAACUGCCAAAGACGUUGUGCUAGUGAGGAAGUUCAUGCUACGGAAGAAGGGCGGCUUGAAAAGGGGCGACAUUGUCAUGUUCAGACUGCCGUUGGACCCUGAAAAGCUUAUGACAAAGCGUAUAGUGGGUGUUCAGGGCGACUUGAUCAACCCUAGACCUGAAUAA